GAGCGUGACGUAAUUGGUUCGCGCCGGGAGCCAGGGUCACAGCAACGGCACGCGGAGUCCGUCAGUGUCCUCCUCACUAUCAUCUUCACUAUCAUCAUCUUCAUCAUCACUGUCCUCACCUGCGGAGCGGUGUUCUUCAGCACAGGUGAGUGCAGGUGGAGAUCAGCAGGUGAUUGGCUGAGGGAACAGUAAUAAGAGGAGGAGCUGUUUUAUUGCAGGACGCUGUAGCAGAUCAGACUCUUUAUGGAGCCGUAGCUCCGCCCCUCAGUAUGGCGGUGAGUGGCGGGUGGCGGCUGCUGUCGCUGGCCGUGUGCGGUGCGCGAGUGCCGGGUCGCUCUGCUCCGGUCCGGGUUUUCUCCUCUUCCUCUCGGGUUUACUCCUCGGACUCGUUUCCCUCGGCUCAGUGGCGAGUCUCGGGGGGAGGAGCCAAGGCGUGCUCCCCGGUAGGCGGAGCUCAGAGGAACCUCUCGGCGGUUGCCGUGGCGCUGCAGGGCCAGCGCCGCCCCCUCAGCAGGUGUGAGCUGCUGGACCUGGGCAGUGAGGAGGAGAACACGCGCAGAGCGCUCACCUGUAAACGCCUGAGGAGAUUCAUCAUCGACCCCAACCUCGCACGACUCGUCACCGACCACCUGUCACAUGACCUGGAGGACACCAACGCCGUCAUCUUCGAGGUGAACCCAGGUCCUGGAGUGUUGACCCGAAUGUUACUGAACUGCGGGGCUCAGAGGGUGGUGGCGCUAGAGUGCGAUAAAUCCUUCCUACCGGACCUGCAGGUUCUGGAGGGAGAUCUGGACGGUCAGCUGGAGGUUCUGCACUGUGAUUUCUUUAAGCUGGAUCCGAUUGGUCAGGGCAGCAUGAAGCUCCCAGCCAUGUACUCCAACAAGCUCUUCAGCCAACUCGGCAUCACCGCGGUGCCCUGGACCUCAGAUGUUCCGGUGAAGGUUGUGGGGAUGUUCUCUCAGAGGAAUGAGAGGAACAUGUUGUGGAAGUUGGUUUAUGCUCUGUUUGAGCGUCAGUCCAUCUUCCGCUACGGACGAGUCGAGCUCAUCAUGUUCAUCAGCGAGAAGAAUUACAGUAGGAUAACGGCGAGGGAGGGGAAGUACAGGGAUUAUCGGGCUCUCAGUGUUCUGUUCCAGAUGUCCUGUGAGGUCCAGCUGCUGCACCAGGUGCCGUGGUCCUCUUUCCUCACCACGUCUAAGAGCAAAAACGGAAAUGUGUCUAAAAGCACCACGGUUCCGAAUGAUCACAUGUGUUUGGUACGGGUGACGCCGCGUGCGGAUCUCUUCAGUUCGGGGAUUACUCAGUUUAACAGCAGCACUCUGAUGAUGAUGGUGAAACAGUGUCUUAUCCGGAGAGCAGCGCCCCUCGCAGACAAACUCAAUGCGUGGAGUCCGGGCUGUGCGGCGGAGCUGCUGUUGGGGGCGGGGCUGAGUGAGGAGGUGAUGGUGGGGGACGUGUCUCCGGAUCAGUACCGGCGUCUGUUUGAGCUGAUGGAGCUCUCGGAUCAGUUCUCUCAGAGCUGGCUCUACACCGAGAUCCUGGAGAACACCUGCAAACAGGGAUACGCCAGGGAGUAAAACCGACCCGGGGGGAGGAGCCAGGGGGAGGAGCCGGCGGGAGGAGCGGGGGGAGGAGCCGGGCUGGCGGUUCUGAAACAUGCUGAAAGUGAUGGACUGCUUACCUUCAGCUCCUCUGGGUUUCCACAUCUGCACUGUGCUCUGCUGAAACAGCGGAGGUGGUCAUAAUGUUCUGCUUGCUUGGGUUUUUAUACACUGUCCAUAAAACAUACAAAAUAUGCAUCUCUAAACUAGUGCUGUUCACAGAAGAAAGCAGAAAUAUCCUGUAUUUUGAAUGUAAAUCAAUACAUAUAUAUACAGCUCUUUAAAAAAUGAAGAGAGCACUUCUUCAGUUUCUGAAUCAGUUUGUCUGAUUUUGCUAUUUAUAGGUUUAUGUUUGAGUAAAAUGAACAUUGUUGUUUUAUUCUAUAAACUACAGACAACAUUUCUCCCAAAUUACAAAUAAAAAUAUUCUCAUUUAGAGCAUUUAUUUACAGAAAAUGAGAAAUGACUGAAAUAACAAAAAAGAUGCAGAGCUUUCAGACCUCAAAUAAUGCAAAGAAAACAAGUUCAUAUUCAUAAAGUUUUAAGAGUUCAGAAAUAAUCAAUAUUUGGUGGAAUAAUCCUGGUUGGUUUUUAAUCACAGUUUUAAUUUCAUGCAUCUUGGCAUCAUGUUCUUCUCCUCCACCAGUCUUACACACUGCUUUUGGAUAACUUUAUGCUGCUUUACUCCUGGUGUAAAAAUUCAAGCAGUUCAGUUUGGUGGUUUGAUGGUUUGUGAUCAUCCAUCUUACCUCAAUUUGGUAAAAUCAAAGGAAAUCAUCAUUUUUAAGUGCUCUCUUAUUUUUUUCAGAGCUGUAUAUAAAACACUAGUUUAUUUCAAGCUCUUUUAGAGCAUUUCUAUUGGUCCGUUCAUCCGGUACAAUUUACAGAGAGUACAGAGCAGCUGCAGCGCUGAGGAUAAUGGUUGUACAGGGUUUUACAGACGUUGUACAGCGGAGAUAAGAGUUUAUAACAGAAGUUCAGAAUGAUGAGACGAGUGUGAACGGAUUAGUGUGUGUUUAUACUGAGUGUGUGUCAUAUCCUCAGAGUAUACAAUAAGAAGAUGAUGCUUCAUAUUUAAUAGAUUUAUUAAUUCAUAAAUCUACUGAAAUACACUAGUUACUGUUCGCUGCCUCAGUAAAAUCUCAGUUCUGUUCUCUGUUUUCUCACACAGCUGAUAUUAUAUUUAAUUAUAUCUGUAGAAAUCCACUUCAGCAGUGUCUUUAUCAUCAUGUUACGUCAGGAAUUUUAGAUGAACAUGUUUUUUGUGUCUUUAUUUGCUUUUUUCAUUAAUUUAUAAGUGAAUAUAAAUGCCUUAUAAAAUAAUAAAAUGUAUAAUAAAAAUGUA